UGGCUUCGGGAUGGAGAAUGACAGGCGGCGACCGGAGGACCCGGCCGGAGAUGAUUGGGUGGCGGUGGAACCAGUAGAAACGUUGAUUAGCGAAGAACCCAAGGAAGAGGAAUAACGCCACGACGCCGACAAUGAUUGAGCGAACUUUCCGGGCCAUCGGUCGUUGGAAGGGAAAAUGGAAAGGAUAAACGAAGAAGACUUUAGACCGCCAACCGCCAUUCUUUUUAUAAUAAUAAAUUGGCUAAAUUCACUUUAAAGAAGAGAAGGGAGCCCAAGACUGGAGUGCAGAUUGAGAUUGGGUUUCUGGAAAGGAAACCGGAGAUCCGGAAUCCGAGAUCCGAGAUCCGCGAUCCGCCCAACGAAAAUCCACGAAUUUGUAAUCUUCGGAGUUGGGGCAGAGCUCCAGCUCGAGAUCGACUGUACCGUCUUGUCUCUCCACGUAUAGGUUAUCUUUCUGGUGCCAGAAACAGCAGGGAUUUUGUGAGCUUGGACCGCUGCCCCUGGACAGUGAAUUAUUGAAGCCUAGGGAUAGUAGGCUGAUGGUGUUCUAGGGUUCCAAGUCGGAGAAGAGAAGCUGGGUUUUGUUUGCUGCUUAAUUGCGAAGAGAGAUGGGGGUGGUGGGUCGGAAAGAGCAAUCGUCUGGUUCGGGAGACGCCAGUAGCAGUGGCGGCGGCGUGAGGGGUUUUCCGGCGGCGGGACAACCAGAGAUAAUGAGGGCGGCGGAGAAGGAUGAUCACUACUCCUCCUUCCUCUUGUACGAUGCCUGUCGCGACGCCUUUCGGCACCUCUUUGGUACAAGAGUUGCUGUGGCGUAUCAAAAUGAGACCAAACUUUUGGGACAAAUGCUUUAUUAUGUAUUAACAACAGGUUCAGGACAGCAAACACUUGGAGAGGAAUAUUGUGACAUCACUCAGGUUGCUGGACCAUAUAACCUGCCUCCAACAGCUGCAAGGCGUACUCUAUUCAUUGUCUACCAGACAGCAGUUCCUUAUAUUGCAGAAAGAAUUAGUUCUAGAGUUGCCUCCCGUGGCAUUGCACUUGCUAACUCACUAUCCGACGAUCAGUUUGAAAACAAUGCUCCAGGGAGCAAUCAGGCUAGAUCAUCUGCAGUUUCUGAAAACCUAUCCUCUCCUUCAACUGCAGCCAUUUCAGUUUUAUCGAAAUUGAAGCAAAAACUUAAAGGGUUAUGGUUAUACAUAGUUCGGACAUGGCCUUCGAUGCAUCCGUUAGCCCGAGAAUUUUUGCAAGUGUUUAUUCGCACCAACCUCAUGUUCUUCUACUUUGAAGGCCUAUAUUAUCAUAUAUCAAAACGUUUGGCAGGCAUUCGUUAUGUGUUCAUUGGAAAACAAAUAAACCAAAGACCUCGAUACCAAAUAUUGGGCGUAUUCCUUUUAAUUCAGCUAUGCAUCAUUGCUGCUGAAGGACUACGGCGCAGCAAUUUAUCUUCCAUUGCAAGUUCAGUUCGCCAAACAUCGCUGGCGACACACCAUAGUUCAUCAGGUCGAGGUAUACCCGUUUUAAAUGAAGAAGGUAACUUCAUAACUUUGGACUCUGAGAAGGGAAGUUUUGUUUCUGAUACAUCAACCUCAGAGUCACAAGCAACAAGUGGAGUUGGCAAAUGCACACUUUGCCUUGGUAAUCGCCAAUACCCAACAGCCACACCAUGUGGUCAUGUAUUCUGCUGGAAUUGCGUAAUGGAAUGGUGCAACGAAAAGCCCGAAUGCCCACUUUGUCGUUCUCCUGUAACACAUUCGAGUUUGGUCUGUUUAUAUCAUUCAGAUUUCUAGUACCUGAUUAUGUUGCAGUGCUAAACAGGAGAACAACAUUUAAGGAAUUGCCAUCAGCAUAAUAACAAGGAGAUUAUAUAGGUGAGGGUCGUCUUGAUCAA